UCAAUCCCCUGCUCGGUGCAAAGGUCCUUCCCGGUGAAACCGACAUCGCCCUGCCCGGCCCGCUGCCGUUCAUCCUCUCCCGCACCUACAGCAGUUACCGGACAAAAACGCCCGCGCCGGUGGGGAGCCUCGGCCCCGGCUGGAAAAUGCCUGCGGAUAUCCGCUUACAGCUGCGCGAUAACACACUGAUACUCAGUGAUAACGGCGGCAGAAGCCUGUAUUUUGAGCACCUGUUUCCCGGUGAGGACGGUUACAGCCGCAGCGAGUCACUGUGGCUGGUGCGCGGCGGCGUGGCGAAACUGGAUGAAGGUCACCGGCUGGCCGCACUCUGGCAGGCGCUGCCGGAAGAACUCCGCUUAAGUCCGCAUCGUUAUCUGGCGACAAACAGYCCGCAGGGGCCGUGGUGGCUGCUCGGCUGGUGUGAGCGGGUGCCGGAAGCGGAUGAGGUGCUGCCUGCGCCGCUGCCGCCGUACCGGGUACUGACCGGGCUGGUGGACCGCUUCGGGCGCACACAGACGUUCCACCGCGAAGCCGCCGGUGAAUUCAGCGGCGAAAUCACCGGCGUGACGGAUGGUGCCGGGCGUCACUUCCGGCUGGUACUGACCACGCAGGCGCAGCGGGCAGAAGAAGCCCGGCAGCAGGCCAUUUCCGGCGGGACGGAACCGUCCGCUUUUCCUGAUACCCUGCCGGGUUACACCGAAUAUGGCCGGGACAACGGCAUCCGUCUGUCUGCCGUGUGGCUGACGCACGACCCGGAAUACCCGGAGAAUUUACCUGCCGCGCCGCUGGUGCGCUAUGGCUGGACGCCACGCGGCGAACUGGCGGUGGUGUAUGACCGUAGUGGCAAACAGGUGCGCAGCUUUACUUACGAUGAUAAAUACCGGGGCCGGAUGGUGGCGCACCGUCACACGGGCCGGCCGGAAAUCCGUUACCGUUACGACAGCGACGGGCGGGUGACAGAACAGCUAAACCCGGCAGGCUUAAGCUACACGUAUCAGUAUGAGAAAGACCGCAUCACCAUCACCGACAGCCUGGACCGCCGUGAAGUGCUGCACACGCAGGGCGAAGCCGGGCUGAAGCGGGUGGUGAAAAAGGAACACGCGGACGGCAGCGUCACGCAGAGUCAGUUUGACGCCGUGGGCAGGCUCAGGGCACAGACGGAUGCCGCAGGCAGGACAACAGAGUACAGCCCGGAUGUGGUGACGGGCCUCAUCACGCGCAUMACCACGCCGGAUGGCAGGGCAUCGGCGUUUUACUAUAACCACCACARCCAGUUAACGUCAGCCACCGGGCCUGACGGGCUGGAAUUGCGCCGGGAAUAUGAUGAAUUGGGCCGUCUGAUUCAGGAAACUGCCCCUGACGGCGAUAUCACCCGCUACCGUUAUGAUAAUCCACACAGUGACUUACCCUGCGCAACGGAAGAUGCCACCGGCAGCCGGAAAACCAUGACGUGGAGCCGUUACGGUCAGUUGCUGAGCUUCACYGACUGUUCCGGUUAUGUAACCCGYUAUGACCAUGACCGYUUYGGKCAGRUGACGGCGGUGCACCGCGAGGAAGGGCUGAGUCAGUACCGCGCAUACGACAGCCGUGGACAGUUAAUUGCCGUGAAAGACACGCAGGGCCAUGAAACGCGGUAUGAAUACAACRYCGCCGGUGACCUGACCRCCGUCAUUGCCCCGGACGGCAGCAGAAACGGGACACAGUACGAUGCGUGGGGAAARGCCRUCYGUACCACGCAGGGCGGKCUGACGCGCAGUAUGGAAUACGAUGCUGCCGGACGGGUCAUCCGCCUGACCAGUGAAAACGGCAGCCACACCACCUUCCGUUACGAUGUACUCGACCGGCUGAUACAGGAAACCGGCUUUGACGGCCGCACACAGCGUUAUCACCACGAUCUGACCGGCAAACUUAUCCGCAGCGAGGAUGAGGGGCUGGUCACCCACUGGCACUAUGACGAAGCAGACCGCCUCACGCACCGCACCGUGAAUGGCGAAACCGCAGAGCGGUGGCGGUAUGACGAACGCGGCUGGCUGACAGACAUCAGCCAUAUCAGCGAAGGGCACCGGGUGGCGGUGUAUUACGGAUAUGAUGAGAAAGGCCGGCUGACCGGUGAGCGUCAGACGGUGCAUCACCCGCAGACGGAAGCACUGCUCUGGCAGCAUGAGACCAGACAUGCGUACAACGCGCAGGGGCUGGCGAACCGCUGUAUACCGGACAGCCUGCCCGCCGUGGAAUGGCUGACCUACGGCAGCGGUUACCUGGCAGGCAUGAAACUCGGCGACACACCGCUGGUGGAGUACACCCGCGACCGCCUGCACCGGGAAACGCUGCGCAGCUUCGGCCGUUAUGAACUCACCACCGCUUAUACCCCUGCCGGGCAGUUACAGAGCCAGCACCUGAACAGCCUGCUGUCUGACCGCGAUUACACCUGGAACGACAACGGCGAACUCAUCCGCAUCAGCAGCCCGCGCCAGACCCGGAGUUACAGCUACAGCACCACCGGCAGGCUGACCGGCGUUCACACCACCGCAGCGAAUCUGGAUAUCCGCAUCCCGUAUGCCACAGACCCGGCAGGUAACCGCCUGCCCGACCCGGAGCUGCACCCGGACAGCACCCUCAGCAUGUGGCCGGAUAACCGUAUCGCCCGUGACGCGCACUAUCUUUACCGGUAUGACCGUCACGGCAGGCUGACRGAGAAAACCGACCUCAUCCCGGAAGGGGUUAUCCGCACGGAUGAUGAGCGGACUCACCGGUACCAUUACGACAGUCAGCACCGGCUGGUGCACUACACGCGGACACAAUAUGCAGAGCCGCUGGUCGAAAGCCGCUAUCUUUACGACCCGCUGGGCCGCAGGGUGGCAAAACGGGUGUGGCG